UGGCCAAACGGAACGCUCCCAGCAAAGUGAAUACUUUUAUCAUACACGUGCUACAUGUUUUUUUAAAUUAAUUUAUUAAAAGAAAGCAGUUCUUUCGAUUCUCUUCUCUCCGUUAAAAAUGAAGACCAAACCGACUCGUCAUAAGAAAACGAACACUUUUCAGUUCAAACCGUUUUCCGAAAGGAUAACAGAAAUCAACAUCGAUAUCUUUGACUUCGUGCGGUAUAAAAAUGAGAAAUGCAGGGAAAGCAGAACUUAUUUUCAUCAAACAUUAGAGAAAUGGAAUUUUCUUAACUUAACUGAUGGUUAUAGCACUUUUCAGAAACAAGUGCGAGACAUCAUUAUACUACCUCAAUUAGUUUACAAAGAGCAAUAUGUAGUCGACACGCUUAUGGAGUAUCUGAAGAAACGGGAUCCCUUGUUUCUGCAGCCUAUUCUAGAAUUAGUAGUAGCCGUGGCAAAAGAUCUUCAAGGAGAUUUUUACGAACGAUAUUUUUUGGCAUUCUUCUCUGAAAUAAUUCAUUUAUUACAAACAAAAAAUGCAGAACAGAUAGAGCAUGCAUUUAAUACUAUGGCAUAUCUGUUUAGACAUUUGUGGCGAUUUAUAGUAAGAGACAUAAAAUCUGUGAUCCCUCUAUUAUUGCCAUUAUUAUCUGAAACACAACCAGACUACAUAAACAAACUUGCUGCAGAAAGUUUUGCAUUUGUAGUUCGCAAAAUCACAGAUAAAGAUGAAUUUUUUAAAAAUAUACUAGAUGUUUUGAAAGAUACAGAUGAUAUAUCGGGUUAUGGAAAGUUAUUUUUUGAGGUAGUGUUUGGUGUUGCAGGGCAAUUCCAUUCUCGUGGCGAGCAAGUGUUAUUGAUUUACUUUAAUACUUUGCAAGACCAAUCUGUUAAUCAAAGAAUUGCUUAUGAAGUAUUGAAAGAGAUUGUAAUAUGCAUACUGCAAAAUAUACACCCUCAAAAAUGUGAUAUUAUGUGGCAUGUUAUUUUAAAAAUGAUAGAUAAUUUUAUCGAAAGUUCCAAGCAAUUGUUGGAGUCAUCUGAUAGAGAGCACGCAUUAAUUCUAGUCUUGCGUCUUGUAAAUAUCAUUAUAAGUUAUAAAAAUGGAAAGUUUAUAAUUGAUUCUGUAUCAUUGAUAAAGAGAUUCAUUAUUAUAAUGAAUACAUUGAACGAGGAUAAUAUCCUGCGAGAGGUCUUUAAUGCAUCUAUUGCUAUCCUCUUAGCAUCCAGAGUAAUAUUAACGCACGAAAAUUCGAGUCAAUUGUUAUUGAAUAUUAUGGCAGUGGACAAUACAGAAUUGCUAUACUCUGCUGUUGAAAAAUUAAUGUAUAAUUUUUCAUUUGAGAUCUUAGUCUUACCUCGUGCAUUGCGACGCAGUAUCUCUACUGGAUUUGACAGCAAGACGUUGCUUCUCUUUGCUAAAAUAAUUCUUAAGAAAGCAUCACCUUGUCUCAAUGGCAUAAAUUUGCCCAAGUGGGAAAAAUACGUUCUAGACGUGCGAAAUAUCGGAACUGAGAAUAUCGAUUAUUUUUUAUUGGAAUUGAAAACAUUAUCUACUAAUAAUAUUUCGCUCGAUGCAAUGAGGCUAUUGAUAAUUUUGCCGCACCUAAAACCCUUGCAUGAAGAAUUUAAGACUGUAUUAAAAAAUGGAUGGUUAUAUACCUAUCAAAAGAUGUUGGAAUACGAUAGUACAGAAGAUAUUGCAAGUAUCAAUAGAACUAGUUUUAUAUUUUUAUUAAUACUAGAAUCAAUAAUACAUAUAUUAGAGCCAAGUGAGCUUCACGAGUUUUUUGUAAGAUCUAAUAUAACAAUAGCUGAUCUCGUUAACAAAAACGAUAAUAAAUACAUUUUGAAUGCGAUAGAUCUUUGCUUAACAUAUUUUAGUACUUCAGAAUAUCAUGCGAAUUAUAUCAAUUCUGCAUUUUUCGACACAUUAAAUAACGCUAUAGUAAAGAAGCUGAAUUCACCGUACAGCAGUAUUCGCUUGAUUGUAGCACAUCUUUAUUCUUUAUUUUCAAACGUUGAAGAUUUGAGAAGAUCUUCGAUACAAGAUAAUAACAAAACUGCCAUGGAACUUGUCUACUUGGUGGAACGUGAACCCACGACGGUAAACAACUAUCGCACUAAAUUGUUACAUUUACAAGCUUUAGAAUUCCAGAGUCACGCGAUAGUUAAUUUAAAUCCAAAAUAUUACGAAUUUCCAUUACGUUGCUUGAUUGGUAAUCUGUACGUCAAUUUCUCUCUACUCUGGAAACCUAUAAGUAUAAUUAUAGCUAGUUACGGCAAUAGAGAGUGUUCACAGUUUUGGCCAACUUACCUGGCCGAAUUAACGUCUAACAGUGUGCCAGAAAUUGAAUGGACAUCAUCGUUCGAUUGCCACGUUAUCUCCUCGUUGGAAAGCCAGAUAGAGAAGCACGAUGACAAACCUGAUUUUGAAAAUUAUAAGAAACUUCUCUGGAAAAGUAUAGCGCAUUUCUCGCAUUACGCCGAGAUGAAGAAUAGAGAUUUAACCGGACUGUUUAUCGAUUUUGUAAAUACAAAUUUCUCUAAAUCCAACUCCGAGGAUGGCAAGUAUUGUAAUAUCGAGAAGCGUAAGGAUGUAAUAAACGCAAAUAACAACUCUAAUAACGAGAGCGAAGAAGAAGAAGAAGAACGGAAUGAAAUGAUAAAGAUUGCUCAUGCGGAUAUAAAGAGUAGAAGUGACAAGGUGGAAUAUUUGCUUGCUCAGCUAGAGGUAUUUGAAAAAGUGCUAAAUCCAAGAAUGUUGCAUAGAGAAGCGGAAAUGUAUCAGAUUUACUUGGACCUACUUUCUUCGAAAAAUGCCAACAUACAGAAAACCGCCUUGAAUUGUCUCUUUGCGUAUAAGCACGAAUAUCUUUUGCCAUACAAGGAAUCGCUAUACAGUCUGAUAAGCGAGAAGAAUCUGAAGAACGAGCUCGCGCAUUUUAAACUGGAUCGCGAGAGCAACGUAAUCAAAGAGGCUCAUCGCGAGAAUCUCAUGCCAAUAAUAUUGAGAAUUAUUUAUGCGAAAAUGAUUAUGAAGACCGGCAUGAGAACUGGUGGGAAGGCCAGUGGAUCAGAACGGCGGAAGAUGAUAUUGCGUUUCUUAAGCGGAACGCAGGAGGACGAGAUGAUCGUAUUCGUUCAAAUGGCCUUUCGACCCUUCAAAUCGUACAUAUCGCUAGAGAUGGAGGACGGGGCGUUCGACUUGAAGCGGUACAUCGAAAAAAUCAUGGACACAAUCGACCUGAGUAACGUUAUUCCACCUAAACGCAUGCAAAGCACCGUGAAAUUGUUGGCGAUAAUGAUGGAGGAAUUCGGCGGCAAGAUGUCAACGAGACUAUUACCGUGUUUGCUCAGGAUGUUAAUCUGCAUUUUGGCUGAGGUGACCGGAAUUCUGCAUAAAACGGACGAGGUUUACCCGGGAUACCUGCCAGCGAUUAAGAAUGUGCGCACGAGUUGCAUAGAUAUAUUGACCAGAUUUUUCAAGCACUUCGAGGAUUACAAUUGGAAGCGACACGAGAUUGACGCAGUCUGUCAUGUCGCGAUAUUUCCUUGGCUACAAAAAUUACCGGUCGAGGGUAUACACAGUCCCACGGCCUUGUUGAAGCUGUUUAUGGCAUGGGGUGAAAAUCCGCGAUAUCAUCCGUUGUUUGCGAAGCAUCGAGAAGACGACGAGUCGAUCACUCCUCUCCCUUACAUCGUGGAACUCCUCUUGAAUUCCAAGUCGCAUCAAUCUGUUGUUAACGCUAUUUUAUUAAUUAUUGAAAAUUUGUUGACGCUGCAGGAUUAUGACCAAUCCAACGAGGAUAGCAUGCAAGUGGACGUCCCGCUCUUACCAAUACCGACGAAUCUUCUUGAUGUGGAGAAAAAGGGCGUACUCCCGAAUGGAAUCAAUUAUGGUUCCGCUGUUCUUCUACCACACGUUCCUCGCAUUUUGGAAUUUCUUAAAAAUAAACUCCAGAGAUCCAAUAGAGGUCUAAACAAGACCGAAUUGCUCAUAUUAUCGCGAAUAUCUGAAUAUGUCACGGAUGCUGAGACUUGCGAUACAGUGUUGAAACUGAUACUGCCUAUCCUAGUCAAGAAAGCAUCUGGCAACAACAAUGAAAUCAUCGUAGAGCUUUUGACGACGGUGAUGAAUCUUAUAAAAAUGGCAAACAAGCCAGAGAUCUACCUGCGUGACCUCGCACCGCUAAUGAGCGUUGUAUCAGACGUUCCUACUCGCAAGCUUCUUCUGCAACUAUACGGUGCUAUCGUCGAAAGAUCCUCGGAGGAAUAUCGCGAGACGAUGAUGCAUGAUCGCGAUGUUCUGCUCGCGCUCAAUGCGUGGGAUAGAAAAUGGAUUGAUCAACCGGACUUUGAGAGAAGAUUGGACGCUUUUGACGAGAUCAGCAAAAUGACCGAGAGGAACGCCAUCAGCCUGGAAUUCGGCGUGACGGUGAUCCACAAUUGCUUUUUCUUCUUGAAGACUGCAUCGGAUUUGGCGAUAAGGGAUUGCGCCGGUCAGUGCUUGAAGCUCGUGGGAUGCAGAUUAGCGAAGGAACACUGUAAUAAUUCCUCGAACCGACGUUAUCUGAUGGACGACACUAUUCUGGCGCUCACAAGGAAAGGAAUUAUGAGCAAAAACGAGAAUGUUCGUCAUCAAUCGGUAGCGCUUUUAGGAUGCAUGGCUUUGGAAUGCGCGGAUGUGCAUCCUAUCUUGCGGGACAUGUCACUGCUCGUCAAUCCUACCGAUCGCGAGGUCGAUUUCUUCGAGAAUAUGCAGCAUUUGCAGUUGUACAGAAGGGCCCGUGCCUUAUUAAAGUUUUGUACACUAGCCAAGACAUUGCGGAAACCAUUCAAUUCUCGAACCUUGACGCAAUUCAUUCUUCCCCUCUGCUCGAUGUAUUUAUGUAACGAGGCUUUCAUUAAUAAAAACAGCCUUAUCGAUGCCGCCAUUGAUACUAUAGGAAUUGUGUGUAGAUUUUUACCAUGGCAUCAUUACGAGAUUAUCUUGAGGCAUUAUUUAAAUAAACUAAAGAGAUCCGUGGAGUUUCAAAAACAACUUAUUAGGAUAGUGGUAGCGAUAUUAGACUCGUUCCAUUAUGAUCUUUCAAAGUAUAAAGAAGUCCAACAAAUUACACAGGUCGAAGUUACUUUGGAAACUAACGAAGUUACUUUGGAGAAUAAUGCCACUUUGAUCGGUGAAGAUAAAGUUAAUGAAGCGAUCGGUGAAGAUGUCGAGAAAGAAACUGAAGAAAUACUGGAGGAAGCAUUAAAUGAUGAGAACGUCGAGAAUGUCGACGAAGUAGAACAGGAUAACGAAGCAGUUAAAGAAGAUUUACCGAUAAUCGAAAAACAGACGUUACUUUCGCAAAGCGGAGCGAGGAAAGUAAUGUUCAGUAUAUCAAACAGUUUCUUGCCCCAGCUGAACCAAUUCAUUAUAGCCAGGACGCAGCAGGACAACAGUCAUAAGAUUAACAAGAAGACACUCGCGUUCGAAACGGAGGAAGAUGAUUUACUGAGAGUUCCCAUCGCUAUCGCGCUUGUUAAAUUAUUACAGAAGAUGCCAGGGAAUCUUUUGGAUGCCAACCUACCGGGAAUUUUUAUGAAACUGUGUACAUUUCUUAAAUCACGCAUGGAAUCUAUUCGACGUACGACUCGUAAGACUCUUCAAGAAAUUAUGAUAACAUUAGGACCAAAAUAUCUUCAUUAUCUUUUGAAAGAAAUGAAUACAUUAUUAACAAAAGGUUUCCAAGUGCAUGUUCUCGCAUAUACAGUACAGUCUGUAUUAAAUGCAUUAAAGCCUUUUUUUCAAAAGUUUGACAUUGAUCGCAAUCUACAAAGUAUUUUAUCUGUAUGUAAAAUCGAUUUAUUUGGAUUAACUGCAGAAGAAAAGGAGAUAGCUGGUAUUGUUAAAAAUGUAUCAGAAGCAAAAAGUACCAAAAGCUUUGACAUUUUACAUAUAUUAGCAGAAUAUAUAACGGAAACUUGUUUACUGGAUUUAAUCAUGCCAUUGAAUGAAAUGUUAAUGAAAACGCACUCUUACAAAAUGGUAGAUAAAAUUACGGAAUGUCUCCAAAACGUAAGUUUAGGAUUGGUGGAUAACACUUACAUACCAUUGAAACGGAUGCUCGAAUUUCUCUAUGGCAUUACCUCACAAAGCUUACCAGAUUCAACACUAGAAAAAGAUGACAAAAAUCUUGAGAAAGAGAAAAGUUCGAGAUAUCUCGAACAGCAGCAAUCAGAUUGUUUCAUUAUACCACCCGAACCCAAAAACAGGAUGGGUAUUAAAGCUACAGCGAAAAUUACUAAACAUGCCAAUGUUCAUGUAAUAAAAGAAUUCGGUUUGACACUGUUUCACAUAUUCCUGAAACGAAACAAAAUCUCCUGUAUGGAAUACAAAUCUCACUUAGAACGUUUCGUGCCAGUUUUGAGCAGUUGUCUAAAUUCUGACCAUGUUAAGCUAUGUACUGUGGCUUUAAAGUGCUUAAGUUGGAUGUUGAAGAUGGACUUAACUUUGAAAUUCGUUUUAAUAUCGGAAAUUUGUACAUCCAUGUUCAAAAUCUUGCAUAAAUAUGCUACUGCGGAAUUAAGCAAGGGAGACAACUUCGAUCUCGUGAAGGCCACAUUCAAAUGCAUGUCUGUGUUUGUUGAGAAAUACAAGCUCAAUAAAGAUCAAUUGAAAUGUCUUUUCUAUUACGUGGAAACAGAUCUGAACAACAACGAUAAACCUGCUACUGCUUUUGCAUUACUCAAGAUCAUAAUUAACCGGAAAAUAUUUUCCCCUAUACUGCACACUAUUAUGAAAAAAGUCGUUGAACUGAGCAUCCUUGCGCAAUUGGAGGAUGUUAGAUCGCAAGCACGUACUUUAUUCUUGUCGUACUUGAUGAAAUAUCCACAUACAGAGAAACAUUUACACAAUCACAUUGAUUUGUAUCUAGCACAAUUCGAACAUGAGGGCCAAUCAGGCCGAUUGAGCGCAUUAAAAAUGAUUCACACUAUCAUCAAGAAUUUUCCAUCAAAACCUUUAAGUAAAUUAUGCGAAGCGAUAUUUAUGGACGCAAGCUUCUUAGUAGUAGAUGAAGAUCUGAACUGUCGAGAAGUUUCUGUGAACUGUAUAGAAGAAUUGCUUAUCCGGAUACCUACCAAAAAAGAUAAACUAUUCAGGUGGACCAUGGAUUGGUUAAAUGAUUCUGACAUAGCAUAUCGAGAAAUGGGGGCAAGAAUAUGCGGCAUAUUUGUGACUACUGAAAAAAAAGAGUUUGAUUCACGAUUUGAUCAAUUUCUGCCGAUUUUAGUGAAGCAAUUUCAUGAAAAUUUCCCCGUUUCCGACAAUGAAGAACCUGACAAAUUUGUUAAAUUAAAUAAUGAUAAUUUAGAAGAAAAUUCUAGAGAAAAAAAUAGAGAGCCACAUGUUAUGGAAAGAUUACGGGAUUUACACAUUAUCCAAGUCACAUUCGUGUUAGUAAGGAUAGCAGAACACACGUCAUUUUUGACGAAUGAAAGAUACAAAAAUUGGGUCGAUAUUUUUACUGAACAUUGUCAGUCUUUGUUGGGUCAUCUACAUUAUUGGGUUCGAUUAAAUGCCACAAAAUUUAUUGGAUAUGUCUUGGAAUGGACUUUUGAUAAUACUGUGGAAAUUUUAAAUAGUUCGGAGAAUACAUCACAAGGAUAUAUGUAUUCAAAUCCUCUAGCUUUAAAUCAUUUAGUUUUAGAUCUAUUAGAUCAACUUUAUCCAGAUAUGAUAUUUGAACCAUUUGCGGAUCAAGUUGUGAAAUGUCUAAUUAUCAUUGCAAAAAUAUUUACGUCGAUUAAAACAUCUGAUGUGCAAGACAAUAAUUUAUCUCUAUCUUGGCUUAUCAGAAAUUUGAGAAAAGCUAUUAAUGUAGAAAUAACACAAGCUCCUAAAUCAAUAUCAGUAAGAAAGGCAGUGUUUAAAUUUAUUGGUGGAAUAGUAAUUAAAAUUCGUAUGGAACAUUUAAACGCAAUACUUUUUAGUAUCAUGUCUCCAUUGGUACGAGAGAUAACUAUAACAGAAGGAACUAAUGUUGAAUUAUGUCAAGUUGCUAAAGAAGUAAUUUCUCUGAUUAAAAAAGCUUUAGGAAAUGAACAGUAUAUUAAAUUAUUAAAUCAAGUGCAACAAAAACUCGAUAUUAAGAAAACAGAGAGGAAAAAAGCUCGUACACAACAGUCUAUAGUGGCUCCUGAUGUAGCCGCCAAGCGCAAAUUGGCCAAACAACAAAAAAAGAAGGAAUCAAAGAAAAGGAAAAUUGACAACAUAAAAGAAAACAAAAUAAUUAGAAAACGCAGAAAAGUUGAUGAACUAAUAUGAGUUGAAAUGCCAAUAAUUAAAAAUUUUUAUUUACCAAAUUUUCGGUUUGGGCAGCGGUUUGGCCAGCUUCCUUCAGUCCUCCCAAUUCUUUGUCCUCUUUUUCGCGAUGAUGAUUGGUUAUUGGUCGUCAAUAGUAAUUUGCUGAGCGACUUGCUUCAUUCGUGUCGUUUGACAGUUUGACAGUUUAUUUUGUUGUAAUAGCUCAAUAGCGCGCGCCUAGUGUUAUAAAUAAAAUAGAUAAUUUUUAUUGUCA